GUCUUUGCCCCGAACAGUCAUCGUCGUCUCUUUCACUGCGUUUCUCAUUUUCCCAAUCAACAAUUCAGGCGACGAGAAAUGGGGUGGAUCGGAGACCAAAUCGAUUCCAUAAAGUCUAUACAGUUCAGACAAGUCAUCACUCAAGCUGUUACUCUCGGUAUGAUUGUUACAUCGGCACUGAUUAUAUGGAAAGGGUUAAUGUGUAUAACUGGAAGUGAAUCGCCUGUGGUGGUUGUUCUUUCUGGAAGUAUGGAACCUGGCUUCAAAAGGGGUGACAUAUUGUUCUUGCGUAUGACUGAAGAUCCUAUUCGCACAGGAGAAAUAGUUGUGUUUAAUAUUGAUGGCCGCGAAAUUCCAAUAGUCCACAGAGUGAUAAAGGUCCAUGAGCGCCAAGAUACUGGUGAAGUUGAUAUACUAACAAAAGGAGACAAUAAUUUUGGGGAUGAUAGAGCUCUAUAUGCCCAUGGUCAGCUCUGGUUACAGCGUCAGCACAUCAUGGGGAGAGCUGUAGGGUUUUUGCCGUAUGUGGGUUGGGUGACAAUAAUUAUGACUGAGAAGCCUAUUAUCAAGUAUAUUUUGAUAGGCGCUCUGGGGUUAUUGGUCAUCACAUCAAAAGACUAGGGCAAAUAUGGAGGGAUCAGAACUACGAAAAGGAACCACAUAGGGCCUAACUCAGCUGUUUCUAGCUUCCGUUCACUUCUCACUUGUAUGAACAUGUGUACCUUGCUGCUCAAUGCUUGUCCCAGGAAACUAUAGUUAAAAUUUUAAAAAUGUACUACCUAUUCUAUAAUUUCCCUUUAUUAAGACAUUAUUAUAAGUUCAGAUGAAGAAAGUCCACUUUGCUAAUAGCAAAUGAGUUUAAUCAAUUGAAGGAUUCAUUCA